CUUCAGUCCACUGUCUCAUCGUCCUCCUUCAGUCCACUGUCUCAUCGUCCUCUCAGUGUGACGCCCCCAGUGGACACUUCAGGAGUCUACACCUCACCAGGUCGUUAUUCAGACUUAUUUUCUGACGUCGUCUUCGUUGGUUCUUCAUGGAAACAGUUCUACACAGUUUAAGUCGCACAUUGUAUACUGGACAGUAGGGGGCAGUGUUUUCAGUGGAAAGCUCUGCUCACUGCAUUUUAAUGAACUGCUUUCGUGAGAGAUAAAAAAAACGCCCCUCAAACUUAGAACGAGCCAGUUGUUAAAGGAAAAUAAUUUUUUUGUAAAAGUCCAAAUGAGUUUUUAACCGUUUCUUCCUCUGUGUGAAACGACCGACGGGUCUUUGUUUUAUUUAUGUAGACUGUGUGAAAACACACUAUCAUUUUCUCAGGGCUCUGAUGUCAGAGACUAUCUGACUACCUCUGACCUCUGACCUUUACCACAGCUGUCUGAGGUCGCUCCUGAUGUGGACCCUGGCCUGCCUGGGUGGUUGAUACAGAACUAACACUAACAAGUACAAUCCCACCCUGACAGCCCAGAUACCACAGUAACACACCCCCCCCCCCCCCCCCCCCCCCCGUGGUUAAAGCCUCCUGAGCCCCAGCUCUGAUCUAGGAUCAAAUCCCACUGGUCUUAAACCCUGUAACAACAUGUGAUGAUGUUAAAGUAGGACGUGGGCUCUGUGAGAGGUGCUGACCUUAUGUUGAACCUCCAUCUCUGGGUUAUACCUUUUAUUUGGUCUGUUCAUUUGAAGAAAAAGAAAAAAAAGGUCAGACUUGAGCGCAGCGUGGUCUUCAGGGACAGACAGACUGAGUCUGACCUGCACAGAUCUAUGGCUGUGGGAAAUGCAUGCUGGGUAAGUUUCCAGAAUCUUUGUCCUGUCGGUGACGUCGGUCUAAUCUGCUCCCAGCUCCUCUCUCCGUCCAGGACUCGGCACCCCUGCUUUCUGUCUGCGGUGGUUCCACGGGGUCAAAGUUCAGACCUCUCACUGGAACCCGUUUAUCACAGGAGGGGUUGUGUGAGCGAGGCCGAGGGGCAGAGGGGCCGAGGGGCGGGGUCCCUGAAGCCGAAUCACCCCAUGAAGACUCCCAGCCGGUGUCAGUGACCUGUGGCCGGGAUCAUGGUGGAGAGGAGAGGGUAUAAAGACCGGCGGACCGCAGCCCAGAGCACACAGACACAGGGGCAGCUGGGCAUCGAACACCUGUGGAAUAUUCAACGCACUCCACCAGAGGGGACGCCAUGGCGCUGCUGACGAGCUGCUGGCUGUGUUUGCUGCUGCUUUCACUUGGAGAAACUACGGGUCGUUCCCUGAGAAGAGUCGCUCUGAAGAAGAUGCCGUCCAUCAGGGAGACUCUGCAGGAGCUGGGAGUUCCUGUGGAGCAGGUGUUGACGGAGCUGUCACAGGGAACGGGCGCCGCCCACAACAACAACGGAACCGUCCCCACCCCCCUGACCAACUACUUGGAUACUCAGUACUUUGGGGAAAUCAGUAUCGGUUCCCCGGCCCAGAUGUUCAACGUGGUGUUUGACACGGGCUCAGCCAACCUGUGGGUCCCGUCCCAGAGCUGCUCCCCCUUCUCCACGGCCUGCUUUACUCACAACAGGUACGACGCCAGUAAGUCCUGGACCUACGUGGAGAACGGCACGGGAUUCUCCAUCCAGUACGCUUCUGGAAGCGUCCGUGGUUUCCUGAGUGAAGACGUGGUGGUGCAGGUGGGGGGUAUUCCCGUGGUCCAGGUUUUUGCGGAGGCCACCUCGCUGUCUGCCCUGCCCUUCGUCUUCGCCAAGUUUGACGGCGUCCUGGGGAUGGGCUACCCCCACACGGCCAUCGACGGCAUCACCCCCGUGUUCGACCGCAUCAUGUCCCAGCACGUCCUCCAGGAGGAGGUGUUCUCCAUCUACUACAACAGAGACCCUAAACACUCCCCUGGUGGAGAGUUGGUUCUGGGCGGUACUGAUCCAAACUACUACACAGGAACCUUCAGCUACAUGAACACAAGAGAAGUGGGAAAAUGGGAGGUCACCAUGAAGGGGGUCUCCGUGGGGACACAGAUGAUGUUCUGCACAGAGAGCUGCACGGCUGUGAUCGACACAGGCUCCUCCUACAUCACAGGCCCCGCCUCCUCCGUGUCCCUGCUGAUGAAGACCAUCGGAGCUCAGCAGGAUGAGAGUGGGUACAGGGUCAACUGUGACGGCGUCCAGACUUUACCCAGCGUCACCUUCCGCCUGGGGGACCAGGACUACGCCCUCACCCACGAGGACUACAUCCUGUGGCAAUCACAGAUAGAUGGCGAUGUUUGCACCGUCACGUUUCGGGGCUUGGAUGUGCCGCCCCCUACAGGUCCUAUCUGGAUCCUCGGGGCCAACUUCAUUGCCCGCUACUACACAGAGUUUGACCGACGCAAUAAUCGAAUAGGAUUUGCAGCAGCAGUCUGAGCAGAGGGUUAAGAACGGCGCCACCUGUUGGUUUUGUCCACAGUUUAACUUCUGCCUCAGCGUCCGCUGUCGUCAUUUUCUGAAGCAGUAAAUAGUGCACGUAGAGAAGGAACUGUUCUGCUGCAGUUCCUCUGAUCACCUCCAGAAACAUGUUCCACUUUCCCGGCGCUGCCAUGUGACCGUCUUGACCGUCUUGACCGUCGAGCACUUGAUGCACAUCCGUAAUGAACGAGAAUAAACUUGUUUGCUUGGAAUUCACUUCCGAUGACUUCUGGCUUCAUUAAAGACGCCAUUGUCUUUUUACAUGUUUG